AAGAAAGCAAAACAAAACAUAGGCAAGCAAUGAAAUAACACCCACUGUCAAUAGUGAGUCUAGUGUCACUGAUAGAAUCUAGUAUCUAGUUUUUUUUUCUAGAUCUAGACUCUAGUACUAUUGCAGGAAUCAAGGUUGACCUCAGCACAAUAACAGAAUGCCAUAUCUAUAAUCUAUAGAUCCUAUCUAAAUCCAGACUCAUUCUACAACCUUCUGUUAUGUGAUCACACAAGUGUACAUAUCUACCAGAUUAUGUAUUCAAAUAAUAAUUUUAUGAAUUAAUCAUCAUUCAAGGCCUAUAGCUUGUAUACAACAAUAAACCUGAGUAUACAAAAACUAAAGGCCAUCUAUAGUGCAUUGACAAAGUCAAAAUGUACAGAGACACUGAGGCUGUUGAUCGUCCUCUGUUUGGGACACCUUCUGUGAAUUCAAGGGACCGGGUGAUAAAUUUGAUUUUUGGUGUUUUAACUGGCAUCAUUGUUAUGGUGACACUGGUGAGUGCUUUCGUUUUUCCAGAGUGGCCUCCAGACGGCGUUAAUGUUUUCUUUGCAUUCACUAUUCUUCUCAUUUGUGCCUCUCACUUAGUUUUGGUGUAUUGGUACAGACAAGGUGACCUGGAACCAAAGUUUAGGACCAUGAUUUUCUACAACUCACUGACCAUUAUAUUACUCUGUGUCGCUGGUAACCUUUACAUUCAUGGAGUAGGGAGUCGGACUGUAAAACAGUGAACGAACCUGAACUCUACAACCCCCCUGAGAAAUUACCGAGCUUGAGCGAUCAUGAAAUCCACAACCGGCAGUGAUUGUUUACCAUUAGCCAGCUGCAAUCCAUUCAUUCUCUGACUGUCAAGCUCAGCAGCUUGACAAUUUCUCUGUCUUCAUCAAAAAUUUGUGUUGUGACUGUUGUGAUUAAUUCUCAUUUCAACAAAAUCAAAGAGCAGAUGGGACCAAAGAAUUAAGUGAAAUAACCAAAGUCAGACAUUUACCCAUCUGGUUGCAUUAUUAAGUGAUAAGUAUUGUAUUCAUAUCCCUUUUAAUAUUUAUUUAGAUGCCAUUGUGUAUUGUACAUAUUUACUUUGGUUGAUAUAAAGUCGUCAAGAGUUUAUAAGUCUCAGCCCUUGAGAGUGUGUGUCUGUUUCAGCAUUAAGGAUAUCCCUUGAGGGUGCCUGUCUUUGUUUCAGCCAUAAGGAUAUCCCUUGAGAGUGCCUGUCUUUGUUUCAGCCAUAAAGCUAUCCCUUGAGAGUGCUUGUGUAUGUGUUUCAGCCAUGGAAGAUAUCCCUUGAGAGUGCUUGUGUCUGUGUGCUUCAGCCAUGUAGAUUAUGUGUGUCUCAGUCAAUGAGAGUAGAUCAUUGCUAGGGUCUCAUAAAUUGUUAUUUUCAGUGUUGUGUUAUCUUAGCUCUAUGUACACUUACCCAGUCACUGUAAAUGAGUUAUUAGCAAAUCUACAAACCAUCGUUUCCAACUUAAAAAAAUUUUUUUGAAGAAACACUAUAUCUUUUCAAAGGUUAAUUUGGCAUAUAUAUAACUAUGCAACUCUUUCCCAAUAAUUGUUUCCUUUGUCUUGAAUUUCAUUUAUUUUCAAUGUGACAAUUAGCAAUUCCAAAAAGAUUCUCAUUUCACAAGUUAAUCUAUUUUGAUUUUAAAAUAUUAAUAUGAAUGUCCAUUUGCAUCAAGAUCUGCAUUUGAAAAAAAAAAUUAUAGUUCAUUGCGCGUAAAAAAAAUUUGGGUUGAAAUACUUUUGUUCUUAUUAAGCUGUUGAACAAAACAGUAUUUAAAAUAUAGAUAUUUUUUUAAAUAUUUGUUAUUGAUGACAUUAUAUCCUUUAGUAAAUUGACUUCCAUAAUGUAUGCUUCAAUUCAUAGAAUAAUAUGAGCUAAAAUCUGAGGUUGUUAGCUUCUCUUCCCAAACUUGGCAAGUUUCCCUUCUGCUACUUAGAAGCAACCCAGAUAUGUGGCAUUUACAUUCCUCAUUAUGUAAUCAAAGUUUGUUUUUUUUUUGUCCAAUUUAGGAUUUUUAAAUUUUUUGGUUGUAUUUUAAAACUGUAAAUUGUAUAUACCUGCUCUAUCUGCUUAUUAGUUGUAUCAACAUCAGAUACAAUCCAGUCAAAUCGUUUGUAUAUUUGUUGCAGUGCCAUAAGUAUGAUUAGUAAUACCUAGUGAAAAUGAACUGAAAAUGUGAGCUUAUAUUUGUGUUCUGAUCAUUUGUAUAUUAUUAUUGUUGAUGACAAAUUGUCGAUGAAAUGUCUUGCUAUUUUCAAAUUAAAA